UUUUGUUCUUAAUUUGCCCAAAAGUAUUGAUUUUGCCAAGUGGGUUUUCGUCUAGAACAAUGGGUUCUUCUGUGGAGCAGUGCAUUUUGGUGACUGGUGGCGCUGGCUUCAUUGGGACGCACACUGUUGUUCAGCUUUUGAAUAAGGGCUUCAAGGUUUCCAUCAUUGACAAUCUUGAUAACUCUGUCCUUGAAGCUGUUCAUAGGGUUCGUGAGCUUGUUGGUCCUGAUCUCUCUACCAAGCUUGAAUUCAAUCUGGGUGAUUUGAGAAACAAAGGGGACAUUGAGAAACUCUUUUCAAAUCAGAGAUUUGAUGCUGUGAUUCACUUUGCUGGUCUUAAAGCCAUGAGUGAAAGUGUUGCAAACCCUUGUCGUUGCUUUGAUAACAACUUAGUUGGAACAAUCAACCUCUAUGAGACAAUGGCCAAGUACAACUGCAAAAUAAUAGUGUUUUCGUCGUCUGCAACAGUUUAUGGCAAACCAGAAGUAGUCCCAUGUGUGGAAGACUUUGAGUUAGAGGCUAUGAAUCCUUAUGGUCGCACUAUGUUGUAUCUUGAAGAGAUAGCUAGAGACAUUCAUGCGGCAGAACCAGAGUGGAGGAUAGUUCUUCUGAGGUAUUUCAAUCCUGUUGGAGCACACGAGAGCGGGAGGAUCGGAGAAGAUCCAAAGGGCAUACCAAACAAUCUCAUGCCUUAUAUCCAGCAAGUUGCAGUUGGAAGAUUACCUGAACUCAAUGUGUUUGGACAUGACUAUCCUACAAAGGAUGGUAGCGCGGUCAGAGACUAUAUCCAUGUAAUGGAUUUAGCAGAUGGACAUGUGGCUGCGUUGAACAAGCUAUUUACUGAUCCAAAGAUUGGGUGUACAGCUUAUAAUCUUGGGUCUGGUCAAGGAACUUCUGUCUUGGAAAUGGUUACUGCUUUUGAAAAAGCUUCUGGCAAGAAAAUCCCAAUGAAGCAAUAUCCAAGAAGAGCAGAAGAUGCAACAGCUGUGUAUGCUUCAACUAAGAGAGCUGAGAAAGAACUCGGAUGGAAGGCACAAUAUAGAAUGGAUGAGAUGUGCAGAGAUCAGUGGAACUGGGCAAACAACAAUCCAUGGGGUUUUUAGGACAAGCCUUCUUGACCUUCUUCAUUCUCUUUUUAACCUUUUUUUUUCCACCACAUAACAUAAGGAAAAAGAAUAAGAAUUGUACUGAACGAGCUCUCUCUUCCAGUUAAUACUAAUUUACGUUAAACUGUAAUGAUUUCAAGUUAUCAACUUAAUCAUGAAAAAUGAUGUCUUGUUGCGCAAGUAAGAACCAUAAGAUGUUAAUAAAAUUCAACAAUAUUAACUAAACUGUGUACAACUCUUUUUUCUUUCUUGGGUAUCUCGCUGCUAAUAAUACAUGUAAACUGUGUACAAUUUGCAAGUUUGUUUCUUCUUCUUCUUCUGUUUUAGACUUCUUCGCCAUAUUCAUCAUAGUUGCUAUCCUUGAGGAUGUUGUAUUUGCAGAGAGGAGAAGUGUUGUUUAUGUAAAGCCAUUUGUCCACACAACUGCAAUGGAAAUGGUGGCCACAAGGCAGUUCUCUUAGCUCUGUCUCGUCUUCAUACGCUGAAAGACAAAUGCAGCAUUCCUGCAGAUUCACAACAGCAAAAUCCAUUAACACAACGUACUAUGCAGGUUACUAACAGAAAGAAGAACUGAUCUCUUGUGUUACUUACUGUGCCCUCACGAGAAAGGGUAUGUGAUACCUGAAACGUAUCUCUUGGAUCAAAACAGUAACAAGCAAAAGAAACAAACGUAGAUUGAUGAUAAGAACUGUAUUACAACCUUGAGAGAAUUAUUAAUGGAGUCUCUCACCUCCCCCUCUUGUGAUCUAAUCUCUAGAUGAUCUUAUUCUCAAAGCAACAAACGACUUAAAUAGAAAAGGCAAAGACGGCUCCGUCACUCCCACUUGCUAAUCUGUUAACCUCUCACGUGCACUGAUCCUCCACGUCAUCGAUCCUUAGUAUGUAGAUAAACUCCACUUGCACCUCACCUCGUCUUAUAGAAGCAUUAUCCUUUCUUUACCCAUUACUCUUGUACCAGUGCACAUAACAGUAUGUUCGAAGGGUGAAUCUGUGCCACAUUCAGUCAUAACUCCUGAAUCUCCUUGUGCUUGUUCUUCAUCAAAAUUAUGUUUCUCAGACUCACCAACCUUUCGGAAUUUGAACUUCGUUAGUUGGUAAAUGUCUUCUUUAGAAGCUCCUUCCUGCAUUUUCAAUUUAAAAAAAAAAAUCAACUUUCUUGGAGUUACAAAUGGCAAAACAGUUCAUGAGACAUGUUCUGCCACUGCGUACAGAACUGCAAUGAUGCAAGGCAAGCAGCAGCAAACAGGGAUGCCGACCACACAAGCCAAUGCAAUUGCAGAAAACCACAAAGAACACAUCGAUACCGAGAAACACUAUACACAACCAACAACAAAGCAACCAAUAUAAACAACAGAAACACAAUCCGACAGUCUAAGAGAUGUAGUAAGAGAAGGAAACAAACCAGUAAAGCUGAGGGGAUCCUUGAGCUAUCUCUUGGCCACCAGAAGAUACCCAGUAGAAUCCAAUGAUCCACCAUAUAAAUGAGAACAUAGUAUUUGCAGACUCUAAAUGCUUAAACCUGCCUUAUAAAUGGUUACAGACACACACUACUUUAGCCAAAAUUUCACAUCCAAACACACAAGUGAUCGUCUGCCUGCAUAGAAGAAGGAGAGCUUGGGAUCCUAUUACUUCUCCUUCUACGAUACUCAACACAACACACAGACCAUAUGCAUCACACAUUGCAACCCAUACCCAAUAAUCCAAACCCUAAGCGGCGUAUUGGGCUCAGCGACGAAAGCAAGGUUCCAAACGAAAUCAAGAACCACCACGGGCUUCGAGUAAGCCCAAUCGCUUUGCCUCUCCUCGAGCUGCUCCGCCGCUGAUUCACGAACCAGCAUCGACGGCUCUCUCACGUCAUCCUCCUCCUGCCACUUGCAUAUGUCUUAGUAACCUCGUUGCUUCUCUUAGACCUUGUCUCCUCACCGACCUCCUUCCACCAAGGGCAUGUUCACCUCCUCCUCUAUUGGCAUUUUUUGUUUUGGUUUUUUCUUUCAGCAAAUUGAUAUCGAGACAAAACCGGAGUUGCUAGGAUUUCGAUUCAAACACAGAGGAAGAGGGAAAAAAUAAUGAAACGGAUAAAUGGGAAACACGUGAUCCAUGUCUGAAUUGAAAAUAAAAAGUCAAAUUUGAUAUUUUAUGCGUCCUUAAACAUCCGCCAAACAAAAAUGCGGGGCAUGUAUGUAAAUAUCGAGUUUUUAUAAAUGGCUGUAUAAAGCAAAUUUCAAUACUUUGGUCCAGAUUUCGUUUUCUUCUAAUUUUUUGAGUCCUUUAAUACAAAUAAUCGGGAACAAAGGAUUAUUAAUCAGUCUCAAGAAUGACUGUCGUGGUCAUUUACACUUGUCAUUUAUCUAAUUCCCUUUGCAUCAUCAUCAUCAUCAUCUGAAAGUUUUGUCUUUUUCUUUCUAAUGUUACCGUCCUUUUCUACUAUAAAUAGUGGUCCUCCCUCUUUGCAUUUGUAAGGAUGAUAAGAAAAUAAUAAAUGAUUAUCUCUCUCCAAGUCUCUAUCACAUCUCUCUCUCACGUUUUGUUCCUCUUCUCCUCAUACACAAAAUCCUUUUUUUCCACUCAUCUCUCUCGCAUUACUUUCACACAUAUAAAUAUAUAUAUAUAUAUAUAUAUACAUCCACCUCUCACCUUAUAUUAUACAACACGUUAUCAGCACGAGACUCUGACCAACUGAAGUUUAUCAAUCCGAAAGUUCUUAAACGAGCCGAGGUAAUGUUUAAAUUUAUGUAUUUCAAUACACUUAAUUUAUUUAAAUUUUAUUAUUGUUUCGGAAUGAGAGGCUGGGCCUUCUUCGUUCGGGAUGAUAGGUGCUGCCUUCCCCGACUGAUCGUUAUGGUAGGCUAUGCCUUCACGAUCAGAGAAACACAUGGUAGGCUUUGCCUCUGUGAAUAAAAAGAAAAGGUCAAAAAUGGUAGACUAUGUCUCCUCGGACCUUGAAAAAAUUAAAAGUCAAAAUGGUAGACCAUGUCUCCUCGGACUUUGAAAAAUAAUGAUCAAUAUGGUAGUCUAUGACUCCUCGGAUCAUGUGGUAGGUUGAGCCUCCCAAUUUUAUUUAUGCUAUUUAAAUUCCUGCAAUUUAAAUUUCUGCAAUUUAAUUUUUGCUUUUAUUUUAUGCCUUUAAUUUAUGCAUUUAAAUUACGCAUUUAAAUUCUCGUAUUUACUAUAUUUAUAUUAUUAUUCUAUGAAUACAGUUAUAAUGUUGAAUUUGACAAAGCUCGAAAUUAAUGCCCUGGAUAUUAUGGGAAAUAAUUAUAUAACUUGGGCAGUGGGUGCAAAGAUGCACCUGAGAGGAAACGGGAUUUUGGAAACCAUCGAUAGCUCAAAAACGGUGUCGGAUGAGAAAAAGGCUAAAGCCAUGAUAUUUUUACGACACCACAUCCAUGAUGGUUUAAAGGUUGAAUAUAUUACGAAAGAGGAUCCUUGUGACCUCUGGAAAUCUUUAAAAGAGAGGUUCGAUCACCAGAAAUAUGUGAUCUUACCGAAAGCUAAACACGAGUGGAUCCAUCUACGGUUCCAGGAUUAAAAAAGUGUUAGUGAGUUUAAUUCUGCGAUGUUCGGAAUUACUUCGAGGAUGAUGUUAUGUGGAGAGAAAAUAAGUGAUUAUGAUAUGAUCGAGAAAACUCUCUCCACGUUCCAUCCUAAAAAUGUAAUCCUGUAGCAACAGUACCGGGUAAAUGGAUAUACCCGUUACUCGGAGUUGAUGCAAGUCCUCCUUGUAGCGGAGCAGAAUAAUCAACUCGUGACUUUAAACCAACAAGCUCGUCCCACUGGGAUCUGCUCCAUUCCCUGAAGCGAAUGUUGCAUCAUCCAGUUAUGAUAAUAGGAGAGGACGAGGUCGUGGACGUGGUGGAAACCGUUAUCAUGGUCGUGGAAGAGGCAAGGAAGAAGAUUUUGUCCCUAUGAUGAAAGAGAUAACAAGAACUUCCACGAAAAUGAAAUGAAUGAAAAAGGCCAGGAUGAUAAAAGGCAAACAGGAAAGGUUUGCUACAGAUGCGGCAUGAAAGGACAUUGGGUACGUAGUUGUCGUACGCCAAAACAUUUAGCCGAUUUGUAUAGAGAAUCC